AUGAAGAAUUAACAUGAUGAAUAGUAGGAAAAUUAAAAUAAUAGCGCAUAUUUCGAAGACAAUAAUGGAAUUGAUUUGGGCAUACGCAAAGUGAUAAAAUUAGGAGAGAAUGGAGAUAAGACUUGUAACAGAAUCAGCAUUAAUUUAGCCACCAAAUUGCAAUACAAAUAGCAAAUAGUCACAGAAUAACAAAAAUAAGUGAUAUAACAAAUUAAGCAUCUUGCUCGAUAAGGCUCACAUAUGUAUGUAACUAUCUUUAUAUUUUAUUUUGAUUGCUGUGAAUACAGUUUCCCUUAUUCUUUAUAUUAGAUUAUUGCAUAUUUAUUAUUAUUUUAGCACCGGAUAUUUGGAGCUUCCAACAGAGACAAUAAAGUAAUAUAAAAAGAAAGCCAAUUCGGAUGCCUUGAUAGACGAAGUUUUAUUAGAGUAAGUACUUUUUCAUCACUCUCCAAAACACUAUUUCCUUAUAUUCAUCAUUUAUUUUUUCAUAAUAUUUUACUUAGUAAGUUUUUACCACCAAACUCAAUCACUCCACUUAUUUUCACCAAGAAAUUACCACAAGGAGGACAGUAUCGCCAAAAAGGAACUUAACCAUUGUGGGUAAAUGCGUUUGAAAGUCUCCUAAGUGUUGUGGUCUAAUUGUAUUACAAGAGUGAUCAGAAAUUAGCUGAAUUUAUGAAAGAAAAGGUUUUGAUUGAUAGCAAAAGGGACAUUAAGCAAGAAAAGAAACCAGGCAGAAAGAAGAAAAUUCUUGAUAACGAUUCUCCUAAUCAAGAACAAAUAGAAUAAUAGUAGCCAAACAGCUAGAAUGUUUACUCUCUUUUACAGCAAGAUGUCCUAGAUAUACUUAUUUCUCCCUUAAGGAACGAUUUUCCAUUCGAAACGUGGACCACAAAAGAAAUUGCCAUUUUUGAAUGUGGAUUAUGUAGAUAUGGCAAAUAAUACGAAUUCUUAUCACAUCUAAUUAAAACAAAAAAUGCAUAAGACAUUAUCUAAUUUUAUUACAAUUGGAAAUUCACUAGCCACUAUAAGUUAUGGAAAAUAAAUAAAGCAUAUUAUCAUCGUAGCAACCUCAACAACUAUGUUUGA